GAUUAGACAAGGCACUUUUGGAAAAGCAUAAAUUACUAGAGUAGUUGGCAGUGGUUAACCACCACCCUUCUUUAACCAAAGCCAUCACCUCUCCCUUUUAACUCCUCACCUCAUGGCUUCUGGCUUACCUGAAACUAUUUCAUGUUCAUCUCCAUAAUCCCUUAUUAAUGCAUCCUUUGUAGCUUGAACUGACAGUGAGAGAGGAACUGGUGGUUGGGAGAGUUUUUACUGAUACUCAAAACAGUGUUCUUCAAUUGCUCCAAAAGAGAAGUGAUCUUCAAUAAUCUUCAAUUGCAUUCCUCCAACUGUUUGCCCAAAGAAAAAGUUAAACUGUGUUUCCCACAAAUGACUGCCUUCUUAUUAAGCUUGCGCACUUCAAUUGCAAGGCCUUCUUUGUUUGGCAGUUGCUGAUGCGAAUUGCCAUUGUUCACAGAUGCAUUCCACUCUACAAUCCAAGGGAGUUGUUGGCACAUCACUUUCGGCUGGGAUAGUCACUGAGGACUGCUUGGGGAACACUUGGGAUCCCCUCACUGUGGUUGAAAGUAUGAACUUUACUGAGGCAAAUAGAGUCUCUUCCUACAGCGACCAUGAACUUCAGAAUGUGAAGAUUGAAGAGCAGCAUGAUGCUACACAGAAGAAUGAGCUGAGCCCAGGAAGCAGCAACCAUAGCCCAAGCAACAAAAAUAGCAAAGGCUCUGAUGCUUCAAAAGAUGACUACCUUCAUGUACGGGCCAGGAGAGGCCAGGCCACCAACAGUCACAGCCUUGCAGAAAGAGUUAGAAGGGGAAAGAUUAGUGAAAGAAUGAAACUCCUUCAAGAUCUUGUUCCAGGAUGCAACAAGAUCAAUGGCAAGGCUAUGAUGCUUGAUGAGAUAAUCAACUAUGUACAGUCGUUGCAGUGCCAAGUUGAGUUCCUUUCGAUGAAGCUUGUGGCUGCCGAUCCGGAAAUGAGCUUUGAUCCUCAGAGAAUUGUUCCUAAAGAUGUACUCCAACCGUUCUACGGAGGAACGGCAUGGAAUGCCUACAACUUUCAAAGAAUCACUCAGCAUGGAAUGCCUUGCAUUCCUCCUACCUCAAGGGACUUGCAACAAGCUUCCUUGUUACAUGUCCCACAAUUAGAUCAGCAUUUGAGUCCAUGGCAGAAUGAACUCCUCAGCAUGAAUCCGGCUGCUAGUGAAGUUGCAACAGAUCAUACUGGAGGCUUUUUACUGGCACAGACUCCAUGAAGGUCCUGCAUCACUUGUUUCCCUAACUAAUCCACAUGAGAAUGUAAUGAAUCUGAGUUCUGGACCAUUAAAAAAUUGUGUGCAUAUAAUCACACUUCUGACCAAUUUUUUGGUUGCAUAUGUCAAAUGAUACACGGAGGAUGGUGUGUUGUUCAUCUUUUUUGUUUCUGCUUCAUUAGUUCAUAAUAUUUUUCUGGGUUUGUGUUGGUGAUUUGUGAGAAUUGACAUGGAAUUAUUUGAUUAUGUUAAAGGAUGA